UGCCCGCGGGUGCCGGGCGGAGCGCGGUCACGUCCGCGUACGGGAGCGCUGGGCGUUGGCCCUGAUGAGGCACCGCUCCGGGAAGCGGGCAGGAGCGGGCGCUGCGCAGGGCUUGAGCUACGUCCCAAGUGUUGGCACAGUCGUCAAUCGCUACUUGCCGGCAGAGCAACUGAAGUGAACGGACUUGUUUCUCCUCCUUGCCAGAGGCCAAGCGCCCAAAUGGGGUCUCUCAACACAGUGAACUUCAUUACAAGGCUUUCUGCUUUAUGUCUGAGGAAAAGCAAGAUGCAACACAGGCACCAAAGUAAUAGACGACCAGCAGUUCCACUCGGAUCACGGAUUUUAACUGAUCCUUCUAAGGUCUUCGAGCAUAACAUGUGGGACCAUAUGCAAUGGUCACAAGAAGAAGAGGAGAAUGCCAAGAAAAAAGCAACAGAGAACUCUCUUGUGAAAGUUCAGUCAGAAGACCAAGAUAAAUAUGAGAGAGAAGCCAGUAAAUAUUGGAAUGAAUUUUACAAGACGCAUAAAAAUAAUUUUUUCAAGGAUCGCAAUUGGCUCUUUCUGGAGUUUCCAGAAAUUCUUCCAGAAAAAAGGAGGCAAGAGUUUAAAACAGAAAAAAUAUCUUCAGAACACACAAAAAUAAAUAAUGACAACAGUUUUACGCUCAAAAAUGCAAUAUUUGAAGAAGGAGAAAAAUACUGGAAGAAAAAUUAUGGAGGCGGUUCUACUGUGCAAGGAUUUGUAUAUAAUGAAAAUGAAGAAAAAGCUCUUACUGAUAAUCCUCAAGGUAAAAACUGUGGAGAAGAACUUGGCACAGUAGAAUCCUUCCCUGGUUGUGAUGCCACUUACCGAAUAUUAGAGGUUGGUUGUGGAGCUGGAAACAGUGUCUUUCCUAUUCUGAAAGUUCUAUGCAAUACACCUGGAACCUUUCUCUACUGUUGUGAUUUUGCUUCAGGAGCAGUGGAGCUGGUAAAGUCACAUUCGUCCUACAAUUCAGCCUGGUGUUCUGCCUUUGUUCAUGAUGUGUGUGAUGAUGCUUUACCCUAUCCUUUUCCAGAUGAGAUCCUGGAUGUCAUUCUCCUUGUCUUUGUGCUCUCUACUAUUCAUCCUGACAGGAUGCAAAGAGUUGUAAAUAGGUUGGCUAAGCUACUGAAACCUGGAGGAAUGUUGUUAUUUCGAGAUUACGGAAGAUAUGAUACAGCUCAACUUCGUUUUAAAAAAGGUCAUUGCUUGUCAGAAAAUUUUUAUGUAAGAGGAGAUGGAACCAGAGUAUAUUUCUUUACCAAAGAUGAGGUAUGGAACAUGUUCAACUUGGCUGGAUUAACUGAAGUACAGAAUUUAGUUGAUCGGCGAUUACAAGUAAACAGAAAGAAAAAAGUGAAAAUGCAGCGAGUUUGGAUACAAAGCAAGUUCCAGAAGCCAUUGCUAUCUCUGCAUAAUCCUGAAGAAACCACCAAAAGGCACCCUUGUAAAUAAUUGUACUCCAGAAAUGUAGUACAGAAUUGAACUUCAGAAACGGAAGCAAAUUGAAUAUAUGUAAACUUCUCUCCAUGUUUGGAACAAGGAUUGGACAUGAGGGUUUUUUACAUCAGCUACAUGCCAAUUCCCCUUCUCUUAAGAAUCAUCUAGAAUUUGGACAAGUCUACACUACCUUCUGAUUUAUCUUAAUAAAGCUUUUGGAGACUCUCAAGUGGAGUGUAGCUCCAUCCAAAUUGUUGAAAUU